AUGCUAAGUCUUUGGAUCUUGGGCUCUCAUACCCGGGCCAAGGAAGACGGUAUGCGAUCUGCUCAGAUCCGACUUGGUACGAUCAUGAUGGUUUGUGGCGGCCGCCACAGUCGCGAGAACCCGGCGGUGACUGGAUGCUCGAGAUACCGGCGGCACAUUGCGGUUUACCUGUUUUCGGGCCGACAGGUCGGCGACGUCGAAUGGGGUACAUACGACAUCGACACCACCGACUACUCUCAGGAGGCGGAGGAUCCGCAGGGCUUUGCUCAAAACAACCUCAUGCUGCCCCCCAUUGACUAUAACCAAUACGGAUCCCUUUACGGCGGCGCAGGAGCCACCGGUAGUGGGAGUGUAGAUCCUGCGAUGUACAUGAACUUUGGUGAUGGCUCUUAUGCGCCCAUGCCGGGGGCUGGAGAAGAGCCACCGACUCAGGCCGAAUGGGACGCCAUCAUGUCGAUGAAUCCUGGUCAAGGGGGUGGUGGCUAUCAGAAUAACUCCGAUGAAGGAUCUAGCAGGAGCCAUGAGUACCCACCCCCGCCACGAGUGACGACGCCAUUAUGGACCAGCAUUCACGUGCUAUAUUGUGAAAAGGAGCCAAGAAAGAGUACAGGCAGGUAG